AAUUUGUCGUGUUGGUCACUGUGACCACAAUCUCUAUCCAUCAUACGUCUUACUGUCGCGAAACCGUUAAGUAGCAUGUGCACAGUACCUUUCAAUAAACAUGCAAUUGAGAAACAAUUACUUUCCUUUGUGAAUUAAGUGAGUUGUAUUCGUCAAAUGAGUAAUGAAAACAAAACAAAAAUUAUGAUAUCCAAAACCCAACGAGUAUUAAAAUUAUUUAAAUACGCUUAUCAUACUGCGUGUUUUAAUAAUUGUUUUGAAGGGUGAAAUUAGGCUUGGAGUCGCUCAUAUGGUGAGUGCCUUUCACACCGAGUGCCAUAUACUUCUCAAAGGGGAAAAUUGUCCGAUACAUCGAAAGAGUGCCACUAAAGAGAACGAGAUGACUUAUCUUUUUGAGUGGAAAUGUACGAAAAAGUGAAAUAGCAACGGGAAAUAAUACUGGUUAGAAAGAGUAAACACGUUCAACCUCCAUGUUCUCUCUUACACAAUACUACAGAUUGGUUUAAAAUAUCAAUUUGUUUCGCUCGCUCUCUCAUGACAGAGAAGAAGCCAUCUUCAUUUCUCGCACUGGUUUUCCUUGCGCUUUGCGUUGUUAUAUGCGAAACUUUUGUAUUGUGUCAUAAACGAACUACUUGUCAUAACGUAAACAACUUCGGACUUCUAAGAUCGUAUUUUUAUUAUUAUAAUAUUAAUAACAGUAAAAAUAAAGCAACACUUAUUGACAGGCGUGUGUUCGGGUGGGCGUCUGAACGAAUAAAGACAAGCAUUUCCGCGUUUACUAAAAUAGCCAUCAAUAAAUUGCCGUGUAUAGGAAAGUCACCUACCGUCGCAUUGGUUUUCGAUUUUGUUUUUGCUUUAUAUCGAUAAAAGUGACUAUUUGUUUACAAGUUAAACAAAGCAUAGUAUUAUCUUCGGUCAGUAAUUUGAUCUAUACACAUUUGAAUCCAUGAAAAAAUCGAGGUUGCUUUCAAUAGGUUAAUGGUGAAAACGGGUUUUCUGUGACAGUAAAUGGGAAUCAACUAUGAGCCUACUCAAAGAAAAUACCAGUGCACAUAAUUGAAAAUAUGUAAAAGAUGUGAAAAAAGAUGUUCAAAUCAGUGCGAUGAAGUUUUUACACAUAUUGUGCAAUUGGAUGUAACUUGGUUUCAAGUGUAUUUCGGCAAGUGUUUCGGAUGGUUAAAAAAUCGUGUGGUUAUAGUUCUAACGUAGGCGGUUUGAUAUCAAGAAAAAAUCAAUCACGUACAGUGUAACAAGGAAAAUUAAUCAAUGAAAACAUAAAAGUGUAAAACAAAUGUGUCGAUACCGCAAUAUGUUUUCUUUAUGAUAUUUAGGAUACUAAUAGCGCAAUCGUCAUUCUAGUGCACAAAAAGCAUCAAACUAAUAAUGCUAAACCGCCAGAAAACCGUCUAUAAUAACGUUUUGCGUAAAUUGUGAUUAUUAAAUAAAUAGCUUUAAACGAAGAUACAAGCAUCCUUGUUUAAAAGGGAUUGUGUGUUGCUCAAGUGAUCUUAACUGAACUUGCCCUUACUUCAAGACGAUAGCCUACAGGAUUAAUCAUCAAAUCGUCGGAUUUGUUUAUAAUACAGCUUGAAAAAUCUAGAUCUGUUUUCCGACCUUAAUCACAACCGUGCGCCCUUGGUGUACUACAGGUGAUGCGGUCAUGUCAAAGUUCAUAAUCGAUAGCAUGUUACCAAAAUACGCUCAGUUCCAGCCGUUUAUUAGCUCUCAGAUUUCAUCACAAUCAAUUUCCAACUCGAACUCGACAGUGUCGCAAACACCCAACUCGGAAGGCAGUCCAUUGACUACUGGUAGUGAGGACAGCCCAAAUUCACCACCAACCAGCAAAAUGUAUCCAUUUGUUUCCAAUCAUCCGACUACACACACUAGCUACUCGACCAUGCCAGGAUUCUCUGGUUUAGAUGAUAAAUCGUGCAGUAGGUAUACCGAUAGUGUAAUGAAUAGCUAUCCUCCGAUGGGAGUCCCUGGUAGCGCCAGUAUUGCACAGUUUUACCAACAGGCAGCUGCGGUUUCUGCCGCGUCGGCAGGAGUCGGCGUUGACUCGUUGGGGUCAGCUUGUUCCCAACUUUCUUCAUCCGUCGGUGGUGCGCAGUCUGGUCUGCCUGAUAUAACCCGUCAUCCUUGGCUGGUUACUGCAUCGCAAUCAGCUCUUCAGAAGUUUGCCAGUACAGAUUGGAUGAGCAAUCCUUUUGAUCGGGUAGUCUGCGGCGAUUUUGCAGGACCUAACGGAUGUCCACGCCGGCGCGGUCGUCAAACCUACACUCGGUUUCAGACGCUUGAACUUGAGAAGGAAUUCCAUUUCAACCAUUAUCUAACCCGCCGACGAAGAAUCGAAAUUGCGCAUGCCCUCUGUUUAACAGAGCGACAGAUAAAAAUCUGGUUUCAAAACCGUCGAAUGAAAUUAAAGAAAGAACUUCGUGCAGUCAAGGAAAUCAACGAACAGGCUCGCCGCGAGCGUGAGGAACAAGACAAAAUGAAGAACGAAUCGCUAAAAUCCGCCCAACAGCAUCACAGCCAAAAACAGGCUCAACAAGAACACACGGUUGUUGGCUCUCAACAAACCAGUAACGGGGGUGGAACUGGUGGAGGAACUGGUGGAAGUGGUGGUGCAGGAAGCGGUGGUAGUUCUGGAAACCUUGGAAGCCACCUGCAUCAUCCUUCAAUCGUUUCGCAAAAUGAUCUGAAACUUGGGCUUGGUGGAAUGGGAGUCGGAGUUGGAGGAAAUCUCAGUAUGAUGGGAGGUCUGGAUAAUAAAACGAAUCAAGACAUCCUUAAAGCAGUUAUGCAACAUAACAAACGAUGGGAUUAGAGUUUUUUGCAUAAUCACAUAAAAAGUGUUUAAAUAAUGGAUCAUUAUUUUAAAGCACAUCUACAGUUUUGAUUUAUACAACGUCUUAUGUUCAAGGAAGUUUUUUUAAAGCAUUGGAUGGCUAAAUGCUUAUUAAUUUAAGUAAUUGUUUUAAACACAAUAUUGAAUCAUUUAUACUUCUCAAAAUACUCGUUCCUGAAAAUACUAACAGCUGACGGAUCACUUUUUGUUUACCAAAUUUGCAGCAGUUAAUUUUCAAAAUUUUCUUUUUUCUUCUCUUUCUUUUCAUUAUUCCAUUAAUGUACCUGUCAUAUGUUAUGAUUAUUUGAUUGGUCUUCUUGACACUUACUUGUCAUAUACGAACGACAUUUAUGCAAUGUACAGCACAAACUUGAAUACUACCAAUGACUGGAUGAGUUAAGAACAAAGAUACAUUCAAAUUGCUGUCCAAUCAAACAACGCUACUCUGUCCUGUCUACACAUUUCAACUUUCAACUGGAUUAAAAAUGGCGGAUAAGUAUUCAACGCUUAGUAAAAACACUGUAAUUGGAACAAUGCGGCAUUGGUCACGAACAAAUUGACUUCAAUAUCUCUAAAGGAAACGAGAUAUGGAGACUUACCUAUGCUAUUGCUUUUAAUCCAACUUCAUUUGAAUGGUUAUCCACCAGCUGCAGGAAAAACAGCACAGCGCAUAGAUGACACGGAACAUCCCACAGAAUCGGAAAAUAGCAUUUUUAAUGUAAACAAUAUAGAUAAUCAAAAUAUAUCUUUUGACCGUCUUUGCCCUAACAUUUGAGCAAAUGAAUACGAUAGGCACAAUCAAAGAGCAUAACAAGUAAAAGUCAUCUUCAGAUAAACAAUAGUGGAGAGCUGCAUCGUAAACCCACAUUUGGUUAGAAACAAUAAGUUCUAACAACAAUCAACAAAGUUUGUCUCCAUAUAUUUUUCCAUUCAGCUAAGUUACAUAAAUAAGUGUAGUUUAUGGAGAAAACAACACUUCAAUAUAAAACGCUGUAACGAAACAAAACAGGACGUAACUUAACAUAGAACUCGUCAAUCGAUAGGUGUAUAAUGAUAAGAUAGAAACAAAUGAUACGUACUAGUUUGUAAGAAAUUAAUAAUUAUUUUUUGCGAUUCCUUCCAUCAGGAUGAUCAUUAUGAUGUGUUCUGGUAAUGAUUUAAUACCACCAAUCCCUUUUUCCUUAUCGAAACAAUUUUCCUUAUAUGUUAACCAGUGUCCAACGUAUUUUUUUAUAAAUGCUAAUAUAUAGCCGCAAUAUGCUUAAGCUUCUUCAAGACUUAGUAAAAGUCAUAGGAUGGACUAGAACAUAAAUCUAAAACUUUUUUCAGUUACAGUUGCAACGUUUGAAGUAUGUAAAUUAAUGAAUUUAAUGAAUAUUUGCUUGAGUGUAUUUGUAUUUAAUUUUUUAAAUAUAAUUUAAAUUUCAAAAAAUACUCAAGUUGAACAUAAUCACCUUUCCUGCAGCAUACUACUAUUAUAUUGUUGUCUAACGUGACGCCCGUCCUCAUAUUUUUCAUAGUUUUUGUUUUGUUUCUUAUUUAAGUGUAAGUCUAGAAUUUGAACUCUAAAAAUAACUUUAAUUCAGAUGUUGUAUUUGGGAGAUAAUCGAAUGAACAGUAUAACCGCGAUUAAAUAUCAGUCAGAUGCAAUUAACAUAUUUUUCAGCGCUCGUUCGUGCGUUUGUUUUACUCCGAUUAGAAAGUAACAGUGACAACAAAGCGUUUAAAAACGCUCACCAUAUACGUAAUUAACAUGUAGACUUUAUUUAAGAAAUGCGUCAUUAUAUACUAAAAUAUGUGUAAAACUAUCUUUAACAAAUUGAGACAAAAUUUAAUACAUCAAAACAAAAACAAGAAAAAUAAAAAAUAUAUAAAAGUAAAAUAUGUUUCCUGUCAUCACUCAAACAGAUCCAUUUAAUGAAGUCUACAAGUGUGAAUAUUCAGCUUCAUUAUCAUUUUAAAUUUAUUUUCUGUGAUGUCAUGUCAUUCAUGUGCAUAACAUUCUACGCAGUGUGUACACCUCAAGAAUAUUAAUGACGUAAAUGAAAAUCUGUCCAUUUGUUAAUACGUAAUGAAAAAAGUAAAUAAAUACAUGCAUACUUACGCAUAUUUAUAUAAAUACACAUUAAAACGUCAGAACGAUUAGCGCAUCAAUAACCAAAUGCAAUAAAAUGAUGCUGGCCAAAAAAUCAGCAACAUGCAUUUUAAACAUCUUACCACUGUUUAAUACUGUCUAAAAUAAAUAUUGGUUUGGUUUUUAACUUUUUCAAAAUUUGUCAUUCAACAUAUAUACAAUGAGGUGUUGAGAAACACAAUAACAAGUAUAAAUAAGUGAAUCAAAUAUUGUUUUGUAUUAUCCAUAUGUCAAAUUAGUUUUGGUAACUUAAUUCCAUCACAUUUAUGUUUUUGUUUUUUGUUAAUAUAAUUUGAUAAAUUCUUAGGAUGUAAACAAAAUAUGGACUGCAAUGACAGAAUCAUGAAAAUAGCUAAAAUAGCUAACAAAUCAGCAUGAAUUUCGGAAAUGAAUGAAAAACAUAAUAUUUGUGAUGCUGUAUGUUGUUAAAAAAACAUGAACACGGAAUACGUAAUACGAACCAGUAGUUUUUCUUUAAACACAUAAAGAAAAAAAGUAUAUAUAUAUAUAAAUAUAAAUAUAUAUAUAUAUAUAUAUAUAUAUAUAUAUAUAUAUAUAUAUAUAUAUAUAUAUAUAUAUAUACCCCUAGCCAGUAAAGCCAGUGUCAAACUUUUUUUUUCUUGCCAUAACUGAUACAUAAAUUUUUUUUUCGAAAAAAUCAUUUGUGAACUUAUCUUGUAUUGUAUUCUUUCGGUUACAUUCUUCUGGAUCUCAUUCAAGAGCCCCCAAGAAUCUAUACAUGUGGCAUUAUCAAAUCGGACAUACAUCAUAUUUCUUAAAUAAUAAGCUAGUUUAGACAGACUGGCUGCAUGUGGCAAGCAUUUUAUUGCUCAAAAUUGAGCAACUAAAUAGGGAGUGCUACCUAAUGAAAAUGAUAACUUGGAAUACGUAAACUGACGUAGAAUAUAGAUUUGAACGAAAUGUGAAAAUAUUCUAUAGCAUAUGUGUGUGCAAAAAGUGAGGAUGAACAAAGAAAAAUCGAUUCGAUGUAUUGUUUUUCUACAUGACAAUGUAAUAUGAAUAAGAGCAAAAAAUACAAAAAAUAAAAAAGAAAAAUCAAUAAAUUGCAUGAAUUCAACUAAAA